CUUGCCUAACAGUCUUGAAAGGGUUCAGGAGUUCGAACGCUGUGACGUCACCAAAGAGCGAUAGGCAGCGUCUAGCAACCUGCUGUGUCGCAUUGGAAUUUUGUGGCUGGGCGCCUAGGCCUCCCCUGGUUGUCAUGGCGACAGAAGCGGGGCGCCCUGCAGCAGCGCAGUGGGGCGGAUGGUCCUGGAGCCCGGCUUCAUGUCUCUCCUGGUCCUUCGAUGGAUCCUGGUCCUGUUGCUCUGCAAUGGGGCCGGCUGCGGACAACAUUCCUCUGAAAUGUUCAACAAUGAAACAUUUUCAGAACCAGAAGCUGCUCAUCAGGCAACACCUACUGAACAUAUGGAACCCAUCUUUGUCCAUAUUGGAGCCAAGGAAAUCACUCUACCUUGCAAGCCUGCAAAAUCUGAUAUUGUAUUUGGUUUGAAUCCCACCUACAACUGGACCAUGGAAAAUGGAGGAACCCAUUUCCUUGUUGGUGGUGCUACCCUGACUUUACAUACAUUUCGUGCUGAGGACAGUGGACACUACAUCUGCACUGUAUCCUACAUGGAAGAAGGCCAACUCCAUACCAAGACUUUCCAUCACAUUGUGGCAGGCUAUCACAUACGUGGAGAGCUUCAGGUGCUCCUGGUUUUUCAGAGCAGCUCCUGUGAUGAGGAAUUGACUCGUUCAUUUUUGAAGACUCUGCAUGAGCAUCUGACUGAAGAGGUGUCUGACUUCCACUCUGAUGUCCUAAUUGGGGAAACCACUUGCUUCCCAACUGUGGAUAAACCUAUGGAUGAAUUCAACCUCCAGGUAGAGCUAACAGUGUCUCCCUUCAAGGAGGGCUGGGAUGCAUCCUGCUACCCCAAGAUUAAUGAGUUGGCAUUACAGUGUUAUCGCUCAGCUAUACAUUCCAAUCUUCAGAAGGCAAAGGAAGCCAUGACUGAAUUCCUCGAAGAGAAUAAACACUUCCCCCUGGAAGAGUCACAAGCUUCCCAUGCCUCCUUUAUCAACACCUUUUUCAACUUCCUGGAAGAUGGAAAAUGCCAGAGCGGUUAUGGACAGACCCAGGAGCUAGAGGCACACUGUCCCGACUGCUGUACAUUGUGUCCUCCUGGGACAUACAGCGAGGCCACAGUUGACGACUGUGUUCUUUGUCCAAUUGGGACCUACAGUCUGCAUUAUGGAGAAUCCUCCUGUUUUCUCUGCCAGCACAAUGGGCUUACUACACAUCCUGGUGCUAGCAGAGCUGAGGAUUGCAUGAGCCUGAGAGUUUCUCCAUCUCGCCGGUUUCCUAUACUGAUAGUGGCCUUUGCCUUACCGCCACUUGUUUGUCUCUGCUUCAUUGUGCUUUUUUGCUAUUGCUUCCGCCGUCGCUGGCAGAAACAAGGUAUUUCUACUACAAGUGAUGAACAGAUUGAGCAGGAGGAAGAUGCUGCAGCCUCUGCUGAAGAUAUGGUCCUUCUAGACACCCAAGAACAUGACAGUCCCAUGGUGCCUUCCAGUCUGGAAGAUCUUGACAAUGAAGCAGCCAUGUUCUCACCUCCUGUCAAUGAAGCAGCGAUGUUCCCACCUCCUGUCAAUGAAGCAGUGACGUUCCCACCUCCUGUCAAUGAAACAGCGACUUUCCCACCUCCUGUCAAUGAAACAGCAACAUUCCCACCUCCUGUCAAUGAAACAGCCAUAUUUCCACCUCCUGCCAGUGAAGCAGCUGUGUCUUCUUCUACUACUACAGGCAGUGUUAUUCUGGGUCCUCAGAUACAAGAAUCCCCUGAGCUGUCAUCUUCUAGUCCAGAGCAUCCUGCUGGCAUUGAAGAAGUUGUGAUUCCACCUCCUACCACUGUGGAGGAAAAGCCUGCUGAGGUUAUGCUCUCACCCCCUCUUGGGCCAGAAGGGCCCCCUGUUAUGGAAGACAUUGUGUUCCCACCUUCUUCACCUGUCUCUGAUGCAGAAAGUGCAUGACUUCCAGUAAAUUGUUGACUAGCUAGCAGGUCUGCUCCAGUGUUCUUGUAGGCUGCUUAUUUACUUAUUAGCUGGGGCAGUCUCUAUUCCGGUGUUUAAACACUUAAGUCCUAUACAGUCCUCUUCUGCAAUAUGUUCAUGUACCAGGAUAGGAUAUGUUAGUUCCCCGCAACUUCAUUUUGUUAGAGAAUCCACAUAGACCUAGAUAUAAAG